UUGGCGCCGAAGAAGAGUUUGUUUUUGUCUCGAAGAUCCGAAGAGAUCCGUUUUUAAUUCGCGGAAACCCAACGAAACAGGAAACUAGGACACGGUCCCGUAAAUCGGAACCCUCGGACAACACUCCCCACGGCAAAUAUGGCUCAGCAAGCACCAGAAGGCUUGGAUGUUACGGAUCUUAAGUUUAAGCUGCAAAGUAAGGUGCCAAUAUUCAAGGGCAACGGCAACGCGAAGGAUGGCUGCAAUUUGCUGGCCGCCGCCAGCGUUCACGGGCUGGUGUUUGCCGGUACGGUUGGGCCGGAACUGCGCGUUCUGAAGUUGCGGGAUAUCACCACCGACCGGGUGAUCAACGAGGUGGUUCCGUUGCGCACAGUACCGUUGCCUAGCGAAGCGUUUCAGUUGGCCGUGAGCUGCGAUCAUGCUCUUCUCGCGGUGGAUGUGGUCUCCAAUGGGGUUCCAUUCGUGUUCAUCUACUCGGUAUCCUCAUUUGUGACCGGUUCCGUCCAGAAGCUACACGAAAUCCGUACGUCGCCCCAACCCGCUGUUCGCAGUACACAGCUGUGUUGGAAUCCGGUGCUACACAACAUGCUUUCGGUGCGUACCGAAACCGGCGGACUGUCGGUAUACACGCUGAAAGAGCCCGUCGGUAUGGAGUUCCACUCACUCGGUGAUGGUAGCAAUCCGGCCGAGCGGGCCCAGUGUGUGUGCUGGAGCCCGAAAGGAAAGCAGCUAGUGGUGGCCUUCGUUAACGGUAAACUGGUGCAGUACAAACCCGACCUUAAGCCGGCCCGCACGAUCGUUUGCCCACCGGGAGUGGUCGAGGGGGGUGGAUCCUUCGAUGUGCUAGCCGUCCAGUGGCUUAGCACGUAUCAGUUUGCUGCCGUUUUUCUACCGCACGCGGCCGACUCCGUACCGGCUCUGUUCAUUGUGAACGCACCGAAGGCGGGUAAUCCGGUGUUCAUUAACUAUGACGACAUCUGCUACAGCCAAAGUGGCCCCCGGAAGGGGCAAGUAUUUCUACAGCACAUUCUACCCUGGAAUUUGCUGUUGAUGGCAUCGGCGAAUAGCAUGGAGGUGGGCAUACUGGGCACAACCGAGAGCGGUGAAGCACCGACCUGGUACCAGUGGACGACAACGGAUGAGGCCCGCGCCGAGCUGCCGCUGACAGUCGACAAGCAGGAAACGUUUCCGGUGGGACUGGCACUCGAAACUGGCUGCACGCACGAGGUCGUCAUCGGUGAGCAAACGUUCCCGGUGAUGCCGAUGAUACAUCUGCUUUCCACCUAUGGCCAACUGGUCUCAUUCAACGUACUGAACACGAUGGCCAAAGUACCGAGCAUCUGCUCGCCACCAAAGCCGAUCCAGGAUAGUUCGGGACAGUUCGUCAAGGUCGACUUUGAUCAGGCGACCGGAUCGGCUCCUGUGGGUGGCGGUAUGACAGUUCCAGCACCCCAGCCAGGCAUAGGCCAGGCAGUACCUUCAUCGAUCGCGGCAGAAAUAUCGUUUUCUCUGCCGAGCUGUGCUACCUCGACACCGGCCAUUCCGAAAACCAAAUCAUUCUUUAGUCCCGGGGCGACUGGUGUGGAACAGAAAUCACCGAUGAAUCUGUUCGGGAGUGGUGUUGCUACCGCUGGUGUCGGUACUGCCGUCACCACGGACCAGCAAAAACCGGUUACCCCAGCAACAUCAAUCGCACCUACGUUCGGCAAACAGAUUACAUUCGGUGGUCGGAUGACUGCAACGGCCACAGUGCACGCUAGCGGUACCACCGCAGCGGACAACAAAACCACUCCCUUUGGAUCGUUCGGCGGAUCGGCGACGACAGCCACCAGCGGUAGUGGAUACGGCAUGACACCAGGUGGCCUACCGACCAUGUCCACACCAUCGUUUCAAUCUGCAUUGGCCGCUGCAACGCAGCUUCCUGCCGGUGUGCAACCGGCUGUUCAGCUACAACCAUCUCAAACGCAGCAACUAGAUUCGAACAAACCGCUCGUUACCGUUCCACCAACGUACGUCCCAACCCCCCAAUCGAUCGGCUCCACCCUUAGCGCCUCGACGCAACCAACGGCUAGCCGGCCGGUAGGAGGCGGCUCAUCGAAGAAGGUGGCCGAGCACCUCUCCGCGGAAGACAAUAAUAGAAUCAUCCUGUCACUCACGGUGGACGAGCUGAAGAGGUUUACCCGCGAGCUGACCGAUCUGCAGCAGCGAUCGCGCUCCAUCAACGUACAGAUCGGUGCAAAGGAGGAAUCGGCCACGAUCGUACGCAAUUUGCGCGAACUGGAGGAUAUCAUUGCUCAAGCAAACGAGAGCACGGAAUCGCUCGUGGCGGACGUGCAGGCGUUACGUCUAGGAUUGAACGAAGCGUUCGCAAUGGUGGCGGAGGCUAUUAGCAAGAGCGCCAUCUACAACAAUCCGACCGUCCAUCAGUACCAGGAGGCGCACGUGAUGUCGCAGACGAGCCGCCGGCAGCUUUCUUCGCUCGAAAGCAUGCUCAAGGUGAACGAGAACCAGCUGCGCACGAUCACGAAACAGCUCGAUGCACAAUGGAUCACGCUCGAGCAGACGCGUCAAUCCAAUGCUCGCCAGCGGAUGCACAUCCCCAGCCUAGAGGUGCUCUACCAGACGCUCUCGAAGCAACAGGAAAUCCUGAACCGGCAGCGCGAGAAGCUCGGUUGCCUGAAGCAUAAGCUAGGCCUGCGCGGAAGCAUCAAGGGGCUAGAAGAGCAGCACCAGAAGGAGUCCGGCAAACAACAAGCAAGGGCACAGCUGGGUCUCAACGGUACCCCAUUUGGGGAGGAUGACGGCGAUACGGCGAUUGAAUCGCUAACCGAUUCCAUCAUAUCGCUCUCACUCAGCGAACAGGUAGCGGCCGAUGCGAAAAAGUUGAGUGAAACGAAACUGAACGCCCUCCGGAAGGUGCUCGCUGGGCGCAAGGUUGUGACGGUGAAACCGAAGCGCCCCGAUCGCGUCGGUCUUAGCUCGGAGGUGAUACGGGAACAUAUUAACGAGGUACGAAGGAAUGUCACUCUGGAGAAAUCUAAAGCAGAACGGGCAGCAGCAGCAGCAGCAUCAACAGCAGCUGCUACAGCUGCAGCGAAUGUAGCUAAGAAGGAGACCGAACAGAAAAAGGUCCAACAGAAACAAUCGCAAAAACCACCAACCGCUGCGGCUCCAGCGACGACUGCCAAACCGUUCUCCUUUGAUGUUCCAGCUCAACCGAAAGCAUCGAUCACUGGGGGAACGUUCUCGUUUGGCCAAGUCGCUGCUACAGUACCGGAAGCAAGAGUCGAGCAACAAGUUUCCGUGGCGAAACCUACGAUCGCCAGUGGUGGUACCGGCGUAGCGAAUGGACCAAGCGCUACAACCAAGCCAGGGAAAGAAAAUAUUGAGAAAAAGGAGGAACCGGCGAAAGCGACCGCCACGACCGGUGGCGGUUUGUUUAGCUUCGGUGCAAAUCAAAAUACACUGGCUGGCUCAAUCUUCAAACCAUCAACCGCAUCAACCGAUGCAGGCACUAGUGCACCCGUCAAACCAGUCUUCUCCUUUGGAGGAUCCUUAGCAGCAAAUCAGCAGCCGGUGAUGUCGUUCGGAUCACUCCCGAAACCAUCGUUUUCUUUCGAUACAGCGGCCAACACUAGUGCUACGUCCGGUGCUACUAGCGGAAUUACGUUCGGUGCAACUAAGGAAUCAACUUCGGGAGCGCUGAACUUGGGUAAGCCAAAGGCACCAGCGAAGAACGAUGAGAAUGUACCACCGGUGGACUGUAAGGAUAUACCCUUACCACCAUCCUUCGGUCCCGUUGAUACUGCUACGGGCACGAAAACGACUGCACCGCUACCGGCGCUCACCAGUCUUUUGCAGAAGGUGGAUUCCCUAGAGGUGACAAAGGUGGCCCCGUCAACGCAGCAGCCACAGUCGCAGCUGAAGCCCGCGGCAACAGCGGAGGUUGGUUCCAGUAGCAGCAGCGCCGUCAGCUCCUCAUCGCCAUCACUAGCAUCAUCGGGCGGUGGUGGUCUCUUCGGUAGUAUCGGAGGAAGCAGUCUCUUCGGUGGUACAGCUACCAGUAGUACCACCGGUGGCGGUUUAUUCGGAUCGAUUAAGGCCACAAGUGAGCCAACGGAUACCGCGAAACCAUCAUCGGGUGGUGGUGGACUGUUUUCUGGUCUUACAUUCGGUGCCACUACCAUUACACCAGUAGGAGGUGCCUCGGCGGCUUCCAGCUCAGCGGGAUCAUCCGGUGGAUCGCUCUUUGGAAGCGUCAAACCAGCCAGCAGCAGCAGCGGCACCGGGAGCUUAUCGUUUGGAGAGGGUUUCACUGCGGGCUUUGGUGGAUCCCCAAAGUCUAAUACUCCCACGGCUGCUGCGGCCACCACCAACACCGGUGAGGCAAACAAGGUAGAACAGAAACCGGAAUCAACCGUAUCCACUACUGCUACGGUCACCGUUAGUGCACCACAAACUAGCACGGCACCAGCACCGGCGACAGCCAUUUCCGCCGCUACAACCACAACAACAACGACAGCUGGCGGUUUCUCGUCCUUUGGUUCGAUUCCCUUUUCUAAACCAUUGCCAACGAUCGCCUCAACCACAACCGCCGUCAAUGAAACGACGACUUCCGAUGCUACCGCUGGCCUUUUCGGUUCGAUAAGCAUCUGCUCGCCCAAUGGUGCCAAAUCGCCACCAUCGGCCGCAGGUGGCAACAUAUUUGGUUCCGCCUUUGGUUCGAAGACCGCGGAAACAUCGUCCUCAACCGCUACUAGCAUCUUCGGUGGUGGUUCUGCUGCUGCAUCUCCUAGUGGUGGAUCAAUCUUUGGAGGGGCCACAAAACCAGCCAGUACCACUGCUAGUAGCAGCCUCUUCGGUUCCGUUGCCUCACCCAGCACGGCACCGUCCGUCUUCGGAGGGAUAUCAUCUACCAGUGGCGGCACGACCACAUCGUCGCUCUUCGGUGGUAAUAGUACCGCGGGAGGAAGUUUCUUUGGAGCGGCAGCGGCGGCAGCGUCAUCCACCGCAACGACGGCAGCAACAGCAAGCGGUGGAUCCUUCUUCGGAGGAGGUAGUGCAAACUCGAUCUUCGGUAGCACCACGACGGCGAACUCUCAGGCAGCACCAUCACCAGUAGCAGCAGCAGCACCUACGGGAGGUAGUAUUUUCGGUGGUCUUGGUGCUAGCGGUACGACACCUGGCAGCGGUAGUACUUCGACUGGACUCUUCGGAAGCGUUUCCAGCGCUGGAAGCGGUGGGUCGAUCUUUGGCGGAUCGUCCGUGUUUGGUACGGGGGCUUCGAAUGGAAACGCGACUGGCACGACCGCCACUACCGGUGGCAAUAUCUUUGGUAGCCCGGUAGCACCGGCCACGGGAGGUCUGUUUGGUUCGGCCGCGGCUCAGGCCCCAACUUCGGCAUCCACCGGGAAUGUCAUUCCCUUUGGUAGCCCGCAGCAAGCCGCAUCACCUGGGUCUUCGACAACACAAUCCAUCUUCGGCGGAGGCGGAACCUCCGGAGGAGCAUUUGGUGGAACCAGCCCCGGUGGGGGACCAUUCAGCCAACCAGCUGCAGGUACGGUUAAUGCGUUCUCUUCUCCCACCGGUGGAAAUGCGUCCGCGUUCAGCAAACCCCCCGGCGCUUUCGGGGCAGCUCCGGGAGCAUUCGGUGGUACACCAACGUUUGGCGGUGCUCCGACGUUCGGAGGUGCGCCCACCUUCGGUGGUGCCCCAACCUUCGGUAGCCCGAAGAGUGCGUUUGGCGGUGGUUCAGCAUUCGGUGCUGCGACCGGUACGGUUGGUGGUACAAUCGGUUCUAGUGCUGCAUUGGCAGGAUCUACGAUCGGAUCACCAACACAAUCCAACAAUCUGUUCGAACAGCUAGGCACCUCAUCGACGGGCGUUUCGUUCGGUGGAUUAGCCCAGCAGCCGCUAGCCAAACCGAGCCAGUUUGGUGGUUCCUCAUUCUCCAGCUGGCGGUCCUAGAAAGGAGCUGAGGAGGAUACAUCCUGUUCCAGGCUAGUUUGUGUAUUUUAAAAGCUGAAUCAUUUAAUUACAAAAUAUCAACGAACAAUAAAAGCAAAUUUCCUAUGUGUAACGU